AUGGGCGUGUGCAUGGGCGCGUGCUCUUCAAAUCAUAAAUAUGACAGUUACGGAGUUCGGCGGUUACAAAGCAGACUGAGAUUCAGAUAUCAAAUACUUGACGGACGACGAUAUCAAAAUCUUGAUAAUUCAGUGUAUUGGCUUCCGGUUGACGACAUUGAGGCUGAACGUUCAUUAAACAACCAUCUCUUUCAUAAAAGAAUUUGGAAUGGCAAUUUUCAUGCACCGAUUACAGAAAGAUUGAGAGCUGGCGGGCGAGAUGUGCGAGUAUUGGAUAUUGGGUGUGGUCCAGGCGCUUGGAUCUUAGAGAUGGCCAAAUUUUUUCCCAAUGUAAAAUUCAUAGGAAUCGAUGUAUCAACCACGUUUUCAACUGAGAACAUUCCACCGAACGUCAGAUUUAUCGAAUGCAAUAUCCUAGAUGGCCUACCGAUUGCCGAUGCCUCAAUGGACUUUGUUUUCCAACGGUUUAUAACGCACGGACUGAAUGAGAUUCAAUUCAAAGAACAAAUCAUUCCCGAAAUGAUAAGAGUAAUGAAACCGGGCGGGUGGAUUGAAUUCACGGAAGGUGAUUGCUAUCAAUCAAAGGAUGGGAUAGUUACAAAAAGGCUUGCAGCAGGAAUCAGAAAAUUUCUAAAAUUCAGAGGAAUAAAUGGGUUGAUCGCACGUGAGUUACCAGGUAUAUGUAGAAAAACUGGCCAAUUCGGUCAAGUUUUUUAUGAUUCUCGGACAAUUCGGCUUGGUCUUCAAGGAGGAGAAAUUGGAGAAAUAGCAUUGCGAAUCAUAUAUGAAGGAAUGAAAGGUGGACGAAUACCAAUCGCCGCAUAUCUGAAUAUAAUGCCAGAGCAUUACGACGCAUUAACUGAAACAAUGCUAAUCGAAGCCGAAAAAGGUGAGACGACAUGGGAUAUACAUAAAUGUUAUGCGCAAAAAAAACUAGACGACGCUUAG